AUGGACCUAAGAAUACGAAGAGAAACUGGGGAGGAUCAUUACACAACAGAAGACAGCACUAUGGGAACAAGAGAGCCAAUGGAUAGCAGGAACAGUGUAACAGAACAUUCUGACAAGCAGCAGACCUUGUGGACCCUCCUGAGCACAAACCAGAGACACCUGGACAUUGAGAGAGACUGCAAUGUCAUCUCACUACAUGGGCCUAGCCACACAGGGCCUAGGGUUAGUCAUACAAAUCAGACACGGAGCAUAAAGCACCCUCAUCAGAAAAUCAAGAAGUUCCUUCUUGGCCUGUUUGGAGUGCCUGGGCGUUUGUUUGGGAAGUAUUUGGGGUUUCUAAAGGUGCCAUUGAUUAAGGUUGUUAGUCAACGAGAAUCAGUGCAUAACAAAGGCCAUAACCACCCCUUUGUUUUGCAUCAACUUGCUGUCUCUGGUCGAAUGGAUAUGACCAUGGAGGAAAGAUUGGGAGAAAUAGAAGCAAGAAUGCAUAGGAUGAUGGAGAAUAGUUUGCGUCAGUUUAGAGAAGAGAUGACCGGUGUGAUUACACAAAACCGAAUUGAUAGAACACCAAACCCUAAUCCUCGACCAUACGAAGAUAGAACAAUCAAAUUGGAUAUACCUGAAUUCGAUGGAACUUCACAUGAUCCAGCCAAAUACAUAGAAUGGGAGGAAAGAAUGGAACAGUACUUUGAAUUUAGGGAAACACCAAUGGAUCAUCAGUAUAAGUUGGCUAAGGUAAAAUUGAUUAAGUCAGCUGCUGUUUGGUUAGAGGGAACACAGAAACAAAGGCUUAGGGAAGGAAGGAGUAGGAUCAACACUUGGGGAAAACUCAAGAAGAACAUGAGAAGAAAAUAUAUUCCAUCUGCCUAUAAACAACAACAAUAUAUUCAACUCAAUUCCAUGAAACAAGGGAGUAGGUCUGUACAAGAGUAUGUGAAUGAAUGGGAAAGAACCUAUGUUCUGUGUGACAUCAAUGAGCCUGAGGACAUGAGAGUCAGUAGGUUCAUUGCAGGAUUGAGAGAGGACAUAAGGGACCACUUAAGGAUCACACCUGACCUCACGCUGAACACAGCAAGUUUACAUGCCAUUGAUGUUGAGAGAUUUGUUAACAGAUUAACUGCCACACACAAUAAGACCACCAGGGCCUACAACCCUAGGAACACCAGUAGUUUCACCACACCUAGGAAGGAGGCACAGAGCACUGGACCUAAAAACAGUACAACAAAAACAGAGCCCCCCAUAAAUCCUAAGGAUGUGAUAUGUUUUAAGUGCAAUGGAAGAGGACAUUACAAGAGGGAUUGUCCUAAUGCUAGAGCUUUUACCAUGAGAGAGUGGAUUGACAUUAGGCAAAACACCAACCCCAAAAGAAUGUUAGUUUCAAAGAAUGGACAAGAAGAAGAAAUAGACCCACCAAGCCUUAGUGAUGGAGAUGGUACUUUUUGGGUAGAUGAGCAAGAAAAAUGGCAUACUUAUGAAGGGGAGACUGAGGAAGAAGGAGGAGAGGAUCUGGAGAAGAUACCACCUGAAGAAGAGCAUGUUAGCUUAAUCAUUAGAAGAAGUUUCCAAGCUACCCCCAUGGACAAAAAGUCUGACCAAAGAGAGAAUAUUUUUCAGACCAAAUGUAGGGUACAGGGGAAGGUUUGUGAUUUAAUCAUUGAUAGCGGGAGUGAAUCUAAUUGCAUCAGUAAGCAGCUGGUAGAUGAGUUAAAUUUAGAAACCAAGCCUCACCCACAUCCUUACUUAAUGAAAUGGUUAGACAACAAGUCAAGUGGGUCAGUGAGUAGACAGUGUUUAGUGAGCAUGACCUUGGGAACAUAUGUGGAUGAUAUUCUGUGUGAUGUGUUAGAGAUGGAUGCCUGUCAUCUGCUGCUGGGCAGACCAUGGCAAUAUGAUAAAAAGACCACACACAAUGGUUAUACCAACACCUAUACCCUUAGGCAUAAUGGAAAGAAAAAAGAGCUGUUACCCCUGCCCCCACACAGAGCUGUUCCUCCUAAGAUUACUAAAGUGCAUGUCCAUUUAAUGAACAGAAGGGAGUGUGAAAAGGAAAUCCAAGGUCAAGGAGAGAUAUACCUUCUGGUUACCAAGGAAGUCCAUGAGCCUAUACCUAUACCACAUGAAUUGAGAAGCUUGUUGGAUCAAUAUAAGGAUGUUUUUCCUAAUGAGUUACCCCCUGGUUUACCACCUGUGAGAGGCAUUGAACACCAGAUAGAUUUGGUACCAGGAGCUAGUUUACCUAAUAAGACUGCCUAUAGGUCCAACCCUAAGGAAACUCAAGAACUACAAAGACAAGUGGAAGAAUUAAUGCAAAGGGGAUAUGUAAGAGAGAGCUUAAGCCCCUGUGCAGUACCCACUCUGUUAGUGCCAAAGAAGGAUGGCACAUGGAGAAUGUGCAUUGACAGCCGUAGUAUGAACAACAUAACCAUUAAGUAUAGGUUUCCUAUACCAAGAAUUGAUGAUAUCUUGGAUGAAUUGGGUGGUUCACAGUGGUUCAGUAAGGUGGAUCUAAGAAGUGGAUAUCACCAAAUUAGGAUGAAAGCAGGGGAUGAAUGGAAAACUGCAUUCAAGACCAAGUAUGGGCUAUAUGAAUGGCUUGUGAUGCCCUUUGGUUUGACUGGUGCCCCUAGCACAUUCAUGAGGCUUAUGAAUGAGAUAUUGAGACCAUUUUUGGGAAAGUUUAUAGUUGUCUAUCUAGAUGAUAUACUCAUUUACAGUAGGGAAAAGGAAGAACACAUGAGACACCUGCAACAAUUAUUUGAGGUCUUAAGAAAACAGAGACUGUAUGCUAAACUAGAGAAAUGUAACUUCCUGUUACCUGAGGUUAGUUUCUUGGGUUACGUCAUAGGGAAAACAGGAGUUAGAGUGGACCCUGAAAAGGUUAAAGCUAUAAAAGAAUGGCCUACACCCACUACUCUAACACAAGUAAGAUCAUUCCAUGGGUUGGCAUCCUUUUAUAGAAGGUUUAUAAAGGAUUUUAGCUCUGUUUUGGCCCCUGUGACAGAGUGUACUAAGCAAGGAAAGUUUGAGUGGACACCUGCUGCACAGCAAGCAUUUGAAACCCUUAAGGACAUGAUGUGUAAAGCCCCUAUUCUCAAGCUACCUGAUUUUACCAAACCCUUUGAGCUAGAAUGUGAUGCAAGUGGAGUAGGGAUUGGAGCAGUGCUAGUUCAGGAGGGUAGACCAGUAGCUUUUUUCAGUGAAAAGCUCAAUGACAAUCAUGAGUCCUUAAAAUACAUAAACAGUCAGCACAAAUUCAGCAGUAGACAUGCAAGAUGGGUAGAGUUUAUGCAGACCUUUGACUUCUCAGCUAGGUAUAAGGUGGGCAAGACCAAUAUCAUUGCAGAUGCCUUGAGUAGGAAACACUGCAUGAUAGGAAUAUUAGGAUCUAAGAUUUUGGGGUUUGAAUUCAUCAAAGACCAGUACCAGACCUGUCCUGAUUUUGCAGAUAUAUAUAAACUAUGUCAUGACACACCACAAGGGUUAUUUAGCAUACACCAGGGAUACUUGUUUAAAGGGAACAAGCUAUGCAUACCUAAGCUACCUCUUAGAACCAUUUUAGUAAAAGAAGUGCAUGAAGGAAGCAUAGCAGGGCAUUAUGGGAUUCAGAAAACCCUUGACAUGUUAGCUAAACAUUUCUUUUGGCCAAAGAUGCUUGGCACAGUGGGUAAACACAUAUUAAAAUGUGAGACUUGCCUUAAGGCUAAAGUCACUUUUCAUAAGGGAGAGUACUUACCUUUACCUAUAGCUCACAGACCAUGGGAACACUUGAGCCUGGAUUUCAUGAUGGCAUUGCCUAAGACUAAGAGAGGAAAGGAUGCUAUCAUGGUGGUAGUAGAUAGAUUCUCUAAAAUGGCUCAUUUCAUAGCAUGCACUAAGACUGAUGAUGCACAAUACAUAGCCAAACUGUUCUUUGCUGAAAUCGUAAGAUUGCAUGGCAUCCCCAGGACUCUUGUCUCUGACAGGGAUAGCAAGUUCCUAAGUAACUUUUGGAAAUCCUUGUGGAAGAUGCUAGGCACUAAGCUUUUGUUUAGUACUGCUUACCAUCCGCAAACAGAUGGACAAACAGAAGUAACUAAUAGAACUUUGGGCACUAUACUCAGAACCUUGGUAAGCACAAACAUAAGGGAAUGGGACCUCAAGUUAUGCCAUGCUGAAUUCGCAUACAACAGAGCCCCUAGUCGUGCCACUAAGCAUACCCCAUUUGAAUGUGUGUAUGGUACCAACCCUCUACUUCCUAUAUCACUGAUUGAUUUACCAAUGUGUGACAGCAAACAACUGGAAGCAGAAGAGCUAAUCAAGCAAAUGGAAGCAGUCCACAAGCAAGUUCAUACCAAUUUGGAGGAGACUAACAAGAAGUACAAGGUGCAAGCUGACAAGCAUUUAAAAGCAAGGCAACAGAUUAAGGACGGUGACCAAGUGUGGGUGUAUCUCAGGAAGAAAAGGUUUCCACACCUCAGAAGAAAUAAGCUACAACCAAGAGCCAUAGGGCCAUACUCAGUGCUGAGAAAAAUUGGGAACAAUGCCUUUGAGAUCCAGUUACCCACAGAGUAUAACAUAUCCCCUAUUUUUAAUAUAGGAGAUCUUACCCUACAUCAACCAACUCAAGAAUUAGGGACAAUUCUUUCCCAAGAAGGAGGGGUUGAUGCAAAUGCAUCAGGGAACAGUGACCAUGACAAUAGGGAACAGGAACAAGACAGUGUUCCCAACUUGCCUUCUACGCAUAAAGGUCAAAGGAUAAGCAAUGAUACUUCCCACACAUCAAACAUGGACCUAAGAAUACGAAGAGAAACUGGGGAGGAUCAUUACACAACAGAAGACAGCACUAUGGGAACAAGAGAGCCAAUGGAUAGCAGGAACAGUGUAACAGAACAUUCUGACAAGCAGCAGACCUUGUGGACCCUCCUGAGCACAAACCAGAGACACCUGGACAUUGAGAGAGACUGCAAUGUCAUCUCACUACAUGGGCCUAGCCACACAGGGCCUAGGGUCUUACUAACAAACCACCAGGAAGCCUAUAAUACACGUUGA